AAACACCGAAAACGGACCGGAAAAAAUGUCCUUUCCCGAUAAAGAGGCUCGUGAAAAGUGCUGGAAGGCUCGAGACGAAUAUUGGGCCUGCCUGGAUAAGCACGCACCCGACUACCAAUGCACAUCGCAGGCACCAGAACCGAAAGAAUGCAUCCAGCUACGAAAACUGUACCAGCAAUCCUGUCCUGCCCAGUGGGUGAAGCAUUUCGAUCGGAAACGAACCUACGACCAGUUUAAGCAAAAAAUGGCCAAAGGCUACGAACCACUCAACGAGUCAAAAUAGGCAUACUUAGCUGUGGCAGCACCUGUACCAUAUAGACAUUUCGAGUAAGACGCAUCGUUUCUUUCGCUGAGCAGUACUAAUGUUAGGGGAACGCUUUGAAUUAGUGGACGUGUAGAAAAUAAAACAAUCGUGUAUUUGUUUGUUACCACGUGAA